UAAUACAGCAACGUUUUAACCAACACUUGAGAAGGUGAAAUGUCCAGACUUGCCUUUGUAAAUAAAACAGAUUUGCAGCCUGCAAGUAUAACAAAAUGGAAGAUAAAUCGAACCGUCGCGCAACAGGUUGUGUAGAAAACCAUGAGAGAAGUAAUGAACGUAAAAAUUUCGAGUGCGAAUUUUGCUCAAAGAUUUUUUUUAUAUAAAUCAAAACUAGAAAUACACUUGAGAAAACAUACAAACGAAAUGCCUUUUCAAUGUAAAAUAUGCAACGAAGGAUUCAAACAUAAAUAUCAGUUGAUUAUUCAUGAGAAAUUGCACACAGGAAGCACACCGUUUCAGAGCGAACUUUGUUCUCGAUCUCCAGUUUAUUUUUCACAUUCAUUCCUGCCGGAACUAUCAACGUAUAAAAGACCUUUAGCACAAACUUUCCAGGAACCGUUGAUGCAACCCGGACCGUCUUCAGUGCAAAUUCUAGAUGAAUCAAGGAUGCAAACAGAACCUUUUUCAACACAAACUCUCCAAGAACCGCGGAUGCAAGCUGGAUAUUCUUCAACACAAAUUGUAAAGGAACCACAGAUGCAAAAACGAUCAUUCUCAACACACAUGUUUUGGCAACCAUUGAUGCAAAGCAGAUCUUCACCACAAACUGUGGAGGAACCGAUGAUGCAACCUGGACCGUCUUCAGCGGAAACCCUAGACGAAUCAGGGAUGCAAGAUGAAGCUUUCUCAUCACAAAUUGUAGAGAAACCACGGAUGCAAGCAGGACUUACUUCAACAGAAACCCUGGAGGACCAGAGAUAUAAGCAGUAACUUUAUCCACAUACUCCUUAGAGAAAUUAUCGAUGCAGAUAGAACUUUAUAUAUGUGCUCUUCUUCAGAAAUUGUUGACGUAAGCAGGUUUUGCUAUUACUGCAAUUUUGCAAGAAUUAUUCAUGAUAACAGAAUCUCCGUUAAUUUCAAUGCUGCACAAACAAUUAAUGCCUUUUACAAUACCAACUCUGAUAAAAGCACUAACCCAAGAAGGGAUGCAACCAAGAUCUACGACACAAAUUCUGUUUAGUAUCCAUGAUUUGUUUGUUGAUCUUCAGCUUAAACUUCAUGUAAAAAAGAAGUUCAUGCAGGACUUUUCUCUACUGAAAUUUCGGAAGAAGGUGCGAUGUAAGAAUCUUUUUUAACUGAAUUAUCACAUUUAGUAGGACCUUCUACUCAAAUUCUUCCCAGUUUCCGUGAUUCGUUUGUCUUCUUCAAAACAAAUGUCAGAUGAAAAAGGGAAGCAAUCUGACCAUCUCAAAUCCUUAGACUAGAAGCAAGCAGGACUUUUCUUUACUGAUAUUUCGGGGAGAGGUGUGAUCCAAGAAGAAUCUUCUUCAAGUGAAGCUUCGAAAAAAAUAUUGAUGCAUGCAGAACCUUUAACACGAACAUUAUCCAGUUUUCGUAAUUCGUCUUCAACUUAAACUUCGGCCAAAGAAGAUUUUUAAGGAGGAUCUGCUUCUCAUAUCCAUGAUGACGAACAAGUGGAAGCGAAAAGUUCUACUCAAUCUCGAUUACAUUUCUGCGUUUUGCUUCAGCGACCUCAAACGCAAACACCCAGUAAAGAAAAAAAAUCACGGUAAAAAUAAAUAACAGAGAUCUAUAUAAGUUUUAAAACUAAAUUUAGCUAAAUUAUCAAUUUUAAAAUUAUUACGAAUUAAUUGUGUUAAAAAUUUAUCGAA